CAAUUGAACUGAGGAUUGGAUGCACUGAGAUUGAGAUUGAAAUCGAGCGAACGACAGAAUAAAACGGAACGGAACCGAAGAGUAGAACCGAAACGGAGACAAAGAAUCCACAAGUAGCUGGCAACGCAACGCGGGGCAGGCAUAGACCGAAAGAUAAAUAACCAAACAGAUCGGAUAAUUGCUCUUUGCUAGUUCACGCUCUAAAAAUAAACUCGAACAAUUCUCGGAGACAACUGCAGUGCAUCCAUCGCAUCACUCACAGAUUUACCAGGAAGUAGUAAAAGAAGAGCCCCGCCCUUGGAGCCCUGAGGAUCCGCAUCGCUCUCAGACUUCUUUCUGGUGACAGGACAAGAAUGGCCUACGACAUCAGCAUACAGAAGCACAAUUGCCAGACGCCAUCAACGAUAGAAUUUUGGGGCAUGCAACUGUAACAUUCGUGGCAGAGCCAAGGAUCAAGAUCAAGACCAAGACAACGGGCAGGAGAGGCAGAGAGAGCCGACAAAUUGCAACUUUCGCGUUUCAGUGAAAAAACCCAACAAUUUAACUACGGAACAAACAUAGUUUUAGCCCCUAACUAAACUCCAAACUACAACAAUUAAGGCACUUACUAAGCACUAAGCAGAGCAGCUAACGAACUUAAGCGAGAAACGAACUAAAAACUAAAAACUAAACCUAAACACUACUAAAGAGGAGGCAACAGCAACGGCAGCAGCUGCCACAAGCACAACUAAAUGCAACAACAACAACAGCAGAAAGGAGAACAAAAAGUGCACCAAUCGAGCGGAGGAAAAUCAAUGAGCAGCAAACGAAAGCAUAAAAAGCUCAAGCCAACAACGACGACGACACUCAACUGUAGAGGAGGUGGCAACCUGUUGUAGAGAGCGAGAACGGGAGAGAACGAAGCUUUGAAGCAUGCAACAGGCUGGCCAACUUACGCAGCAGCAACAACUCCAGCUACAGCUCCCACAGCAGCAGCAGCUCCAGCAGCAGCAGCAGCUCCAGCAACAGAAUGGCGGCGAUGCGGCCGCCUAUGCCGCUGCCUCUGCUGGCCAAGCUGCAGGCGCGGGCGGUAGGUGUGCCGCGAUAAGCGGCGGCCGCUUUGACUUUGAGGAUGGUGGCACCUACUGUGGGGGCUGGGAUGAGGGAAAGGCACACGGCCACGGUGUCUGUACGGGCCCGAAGCACCAGGGUGCCUAUGCCGGAGCCUGGAACUAUGGCUUUGAGGUCUCCGGCUCGUACAUUUGGCCGAGUGGAUCCCACUACGAAGGCCAGUGGCAGAAUGGACGUCGCCAUGGCCUGGGCGUGGAGCAGAUCGGGCGACAGAUCUACCGCGGCGAGUGGUCCAAGGAUGGGCACAAGGGCCGCUACGGCGUCCGGGAGAGCACAGUGUCAACGGCCAAGUACGAGGGCACCUGGAACGAGGGCUACCAGGAUGGCUCCGGCUGCGAGACCUACGCUGAUGGAGGCAAGUACCAGGGUCAGUGGCAGGAGGGGAAGCGCCAUGGAUAUGGCAUCCGCACGUCGGCACCCUUCGGGCUGGCCUCGCACCAUCGGCGCAAGAACCUGCACGCCUCGCUGAGCUCCCUGCGUAGCGGAGAGAAUGGCAAUGCGGCCAAGAUGGCGGCGGCGGAGAAGUCGGAGGAGAUUCGAGGUGGCUUUGUGCUGACGGCCAAGUCGGACAAGCUGCCGGUGCGCCGCAACAGUCUGACGGAGAAGACCAAAAAGGGAUUCCUAAUGGGCCUCAAGAUGCGCAAGCAGCGCAGCACGGGAGAUCUGGAGAAGCGUGGCACGAUUGCGUCCGGCAGCAUACGCUCCACAAUGUCAUCGGCUUCCUGGAUCAGCACUGGCUCCGAACAGUCCAAUCUGACGCAAAAAUCAACGCACACGGAGUCCAAUGCCAGCUUCACCAUGGAGGACGAGCAGCUGGAUCCCACUGUUGUGGAGACGUACAUGGGCGAGUGGAAGAAGGACAAGCGCUGUGGUCACGGCGUGGCAGAGCGCAGCGAUGGUCUCAAGUACGAGGGCGAAUGGUACAACAAUCGGAAGCAUGGCUAUGGUGUGACCACCUUCCGUGAUGGCACUGUCGAGGAGGGCAAGUACAAGAACAACAUCCUGAUCACCAGCCAGAAGAAGAAGCAUUUGUUCCUGGCGCGUUCGCGCAAGUUUCGCGAUCGCAUCACCGCCGCCGUCAACUCCGCCCAGCGUGCCCUCAAAAUGGCAAUGCAGCGCUCGGACAUGGCCAUCUCCCGCAUGGCCACCGCCGCAGCCAAGGCCCAAAACGCGGACAUGGCCGCAGAGCAGGCGAGAAUCGACUGUGAGAAUGCCGUGCGAAUGGCACGGGAGUUUGCUCCCGACUUUAAGCCCUCGGUGCUGGAACGUUUUGAGAAGCUGCGCUACAGAGAGCGGGAACGAUACCGCGGCGCACCCCCAGCCCCAACCGAGGCUGGGAUGAAGCCCACAGUGACAACGGGAAUGGGAGCGGGUGCGGGAUCAACGCUGCAGCAGCAGCAGCAACAACAGCAGCAGCAGCAGGGACAGUUCUCGCCGGCGAGCAGCAGCGGAUCGGAUGCCUAUGCCACGCAAGCACAGCGCCAGCAGCAGUAUCUGAACAUGCAGCAGCAGCAGCGGCGCAUGUCCCAGCAGCAGCAACAGGAGUCCGAGUGCCCCGUGCCCUCGUCGAUGUACUCGCAGCAGCUGCCCGUCUCGCCGCAGACGGAUCUCUCGGGAAUGGUCAGCCAAGCGCAGCCCAGCCACGCCCAGGUGAUCAGUGCCAUCAAUCAGAUGUACCACCAGCAGCAGCACCAGAGCCAGCAGCAACAGCAACAGCAACAGAGCAACCCGCAAAUGAAUCCUGCAUAUCAGUUCCAGCAGCAGCAGCCGCCCGGCCAGGCCAAGAUGAAUCUGACGCAGAAUCAGGCGCUGACGCAGGCCCAGACACAAGCACAGGCACAGGCACAGACACAGGCUCAAGUGCAGCAGCAGCAGCAGCUUCCCUUUGGGGCUGGCACCAAUCUGGCGAACAUGUCGCCACAGCAGCAGCAGCAUCAACAACAAAUGCAGCAGCAACUCCAGCAGCAACAGCAACAACAAUCCUCAAUGCAUGCCUCACCCAGCCACAACAAUGCCUCCAAUCUACUGCGACGUGCCUCGCAGAUGCAACAGCAGCAGCUGCAUGAGGCUGCCGUGGCCAAUGCCGCUGCCAUGGCAGCUGCCCAGCAGCAACAGAGAAGCGGACGCCCGCCCAUGCUGGGACAGAUGGGCCAGCAAUCGUCCAUCGAUCAUUUCGACCACUACAAGCGUCCGCCCAGCCGCGACUCCUCCAUCGAUCGGUACGCGCGAGCUGCGAGUCGCAUGAGCGGCGCCUUUGCUGGCUCACGCCAGACCUCGCUCGAUCGCUCCGGAAUCGCCGAUCCAACGCUGACUAAUGGCGGCACCACCACACCCGACGGGCGUCCGCGAGCCGGCUCAGUAUUCCGAGGAUCCACACCGGUGCCGGGAGCAGCCGCCGGCACCUCGAACAUGACUGGCAACGGCUCUCUGCCCUCCGGAACUGGUGGCAGAUUAUCGCGUGCCGGCACACCCAGUCUGGGUGCUGGAGGUCGUGCGCCCAGUCAGAGCAACACCGCGGAGCCGCUCUUCUCCUCGCCCAAUCAGCCGUUCGAGGACGUUCUGCUGCGUCAGCGGACGCUCGGACAGGAUAUCAUUCCCUCGCCCUUGCAGCCCAAGCGCACGGAGAGCCUCUACUUGCCAGCCAAGCCAGCCACACCAGUGGGUGGCAUGGCCAUGGGCGGCAAAGGUGGCGGAAAGAAAAUGAAGACGGUGCCCAUCAAUGUGUCGCUGCAGCGAAAGAAGUCCAUGCCCGACUUCCAGGAGCUGCCUCGUGCCACCGAGGCCAUGAGUCGCGAGGAGGUCUCUGCUCUGGGCUCGGCCCGACGCGAGGCAGUCCGUAAACAGAUCGAAGUCAACGAGCGCCUCAGGGCGAAUCCCUUGCUGUACUUGGUCCGUCCAGAGGUUCGGGAUUGGUUUGUGCGCCAGCAGCUGGUGCUGCUUGUUCUGUUUUUCAAUGCGGCGUUGGCACUACUAUUUGUCUACAUGCUCACCUAGCGCCGAAUCAUACGCAAGACGACACGAGGCAGGAGCAGAUGUGCUUGCGGGUUGGCUAAUUUGCAGCCACUGUAAGUUGCUCAGUUCGAAAGGGGCGCAGCCUGCGCGCUCGCGCUCUGUGUCUAACAUUCACUGUUUCGUGUGCUUUGUGUAGUCAGUCCACUUCCGCCACUCUUUUGUGGGGGGUCGAGGCUUAUAACAUUUUAGCAUUUGCCGUAACAAACAAAUUAUGAACCAAAAUAAGUAUCCAACAACACACCAUACUCGUCUCGUAUGAAUAUGAAACAAAGAGGAGAUCAGACACACAAGAAAAUCGAAUUACAAAUCUAGACUGCAGCCAACUAAAGAAUAAGGUAAUUAACUAAUAGCGCAGAACUGCAAUGCACAAAACGUAGUAAACUCUAGUAAAAUACUUGAACCGAACCGGGUGGCUGUGCGGCCAUUCGUCAUUAAUUUGUCAAGCCAAUUUAACAAUAUUUAUGUUUGUGGCUAACCAGACAGGAGAGCAAAUAAGAGCAGCAGCAUCAGCAGCAGCAGUGGUAGGAGACCGAAAACCUAUAUGCAAAUCAAUUUAACGAAUUUUUCUACACAUUUAAUAUAAAGCUAAAGGUAAAAAGGUAAAGCAGAAUGAAAGAA